AUGGCGCAACCGCAGGCCUGGGUCUACAUCCCAGAGGAGUCGCGAAAGAACGGUACGGGGCUGGGCACAUCUGGGCCAGAAUCUUUGGGAUGCACUGCCUUGGCUAAUCUCGUGAGAACAGGCGGAAAGGCGGGGACAGGCCUUUUUCUCGCAGCUUUCGUUGGUUCGUCGCAGAGGGAGGGGCCUAUGGCCACGAUGGUGGCGAACUGUUUCUUCGCUCCAGGCAAGGUGAACUUGCAGCUCCGCAUUCAGAAGGCCCUUGAGAUUCUGGAGAAGCAGGGUCCGGACGUGCGGACCAUCGUCUUUGCGAAUACACCAGAG